AUGGCUUCAUCACAGUCGGCUUCGCUACGCGAUGCUGCAUCCGCGAUCCCAAACCUAAAAGAUAGGAUUCCAAAGCUCGGGCCUCGACGCCGUCGACAGGAACCUGCAAACCAGACUCCAGUUCCCGAGACUCCCGCACUUCCCUCGCCACCAGACAUCUCUAGCUGGACCUUUAUGGUACCCAAGAGGAGGAUUCUAUCGAGAAAGGACCACGAGACAUUUUUGCAGUCUCCCACGCAGAGCCUGAUCAAGGCAUGGAUAUUUGGACUCGCCGAAAGCGUGGUUGACACCCCAUGCUCAGCCAUCAAGAACGACGACCUCAGCGACACCGUAAAGGCCAUUCUGAACAUCCUAGGCGAAGCAGAAGACCUGGUUGCAAAAUCCCCUCCAAACGAACAAGGAGGCUCGAGAUUUGGAAACAAGGCAUUUAGAGGAUUCCUCGACCUCGUGUCGGAGAAUUCCGCAAAAUGGCACAAGAGCCUGGGCAUAGAAAUCGAACAGGCUGUUACAGAAGUGUCAACAUAUCUUGACCAGUCCUUUGGAAACCGUAAUCGCAUCGACUAUGGCUCUGGCCACGAGCUCAACUUUAUGAUCUGGCUCCUGUGUCUCUACCAGCUGGGGCUUUUGCAGAAACGCGACUUCAAGGCCGUCACGCUUACCGUUUUCUCAAAAUACCUGUCCCUGAUGCGAACGGUUCAAAUGACUUACUACCUCGAACCGGCGGGCUCUCACGGCGUAUGGGGAUUGGACGACUACCAGUUUCUCCCGUUUCUCUUUGGGGCAUCCCAACUAUUACACCACCCGUACAUCACACCGCGGUCUAUCCACCAACAACUGACCAUUGAGGAAUUUAGCAGAGAUUACCUGUACCUCGGGCAGGUCGCCUUUGUCAACGACACAAAGACAGUCAAGGGAUUGAGAUGGCACAGCCCCAUGCUGGACGACAUCUCGUCAGCCAAGUCGUGGUCCAAGAUUGACGGCGGAAUGCGUCGAAUGUUUGUGGCCGAGGUGCUAGGUAAAUUGCCCGUGAUGCAGCACUUUUUGUUUGGAUCGCUGGUGCUGGCAGUGGAAGGAAUGAGUGAGGAUGACGGAGUUGACGGUCACGAUGAUGAAGACGACGGCCGCGUCACCUCAGACUCGACCGACCACUCAGAUCACGCUCACAACGGCACAGGCUGGGGCGAUUGCUGUGGGAUCAAGGUACCUAGCAGCAUUGCAGCUGCGCAGGAGAUGAAGAAGGGGGCCAGAGGCGAUACCUUGCGGCGGAUCCCAUUUGACUGA